ACCAUGAUCAAAUAAUGAAUUAAUUAAAAAGCAGUAUCUGCCUAACAAAAAUAUCCCCCGUCCCAUUUCUUCCUCUGACAUUCCAAAACUCGAUCUUAAAUAGAAACUCUCAACAACCUUUCAUCAAAAUCAAACACCACCAUGCCUCCCUCCUCUGAUCCCUACCGCCGCAACCACAAUCAUGUAAUUCCACAGCCACGGCCGCCGCCUCCAAAAUCCAAUCCAAAGCUUCUCUCUCUCAUCAUCAAAGCCCUGGUUAUGACCUCCAUAACCUCCCUCUUCUUCCUCUUCGUCGGCCUCGCCGCCAUCGUCCUCUUCCUCUUCCUCGCUGCCGGCGCUCUCCACCGCCGCCGAGCCCAAUCCCCCCUCCCCUCAUCUGGGUUUUCCUCCAGACACCUUAAGGCCCUUACCCAGUUCCGCUUCAGAGCCCAGCCCCAAUCCCAAACGACGUCGCCCUCGCCGACGCCGACGGACUGCGUCGUUUGCCUGGACGCGUUUCGCGAUGGGCAGUGGUGCAGGAAACUCGCUGCUUGCAACCACGUGUUCCAUAGGCGGUGCGUGGACACGUGGCUGGUGAAGGUGUCCGCGUGUCCGAUUUGCCGUAGACGUGUGCGGUUAGAUUCUGGGGAUGCGGACGCGGUGGUUGGUUUGGAUGGAGAAGAAGAGGCCAAGUACAUGUGGAAUUUUAAUAGGAACAGUAAUGAUUUGAGGGUGAGGGUUUGGUAGGACUUGCAAUGUAAGUUGUGCAUAUUUUGUAACAUGCUUUAAGUUUAGCCUUUUCCUUAAGUUUUCUCUUUUUCUUUUUACUUUCAGUUUUCUAAUGUAUAAUAGAUGAACUGUGUUAUUUUCUCUUGUGUUCUGUUUGUUUGCCAAGAAAAUUUGAUGAAAUGGUACAUUGGUUUGUUCGAUUAUGGAGGAA